UUGUAUUGUCCAUUUCUCCUUUUUUCAGUCAAACGGAGUGUCAGCGAACGUGGCAGAUUCUGGAGGUACGCACAUGUCUGCAGUAUCACACGUUUUCGAGUGACGACGGCGGGGCUCGCCCCCAUAACGAACGCUGUGUAUCGCAGAGGGUCAAGAACAGGACUUUUUGUGAGAUAUGGCGGGCGCGAAAAAUUUGAAUUUGGCCGUGAGUCGCGUGGCCAAAACGCGCAAGGGAAAGCAGGUGUUGAAGGCUCGUGGUCCGCAAGUCCAUGAGCUGACGAAGCGGCUACUCGUAAUGAAAGGGAACAAAGCCAGCCAGAGUGUCCAGAACAUGCUCGCCGACCUGCGCGAUCUGAAGAAGCCCGAUGCGAUCUACCUUCACAGUCGGAAUCAGAAAGACUUCCACCCCUUUGAAGACGUCUCGACAGCGGAGUACCUUUGCCAGAAAAACGACUGCGGCACCUUCUGUAUGGGUUCGAGCUCCAAGAAGCGGCCAAACCGCCUCGUCUUUGGGCGGAUGUUCGCGAACGAACUGCUCGAUAUGUACGAAUUCCAGGUGGUCCACUACAUGGGGGCUUCUUCCUUCACAGGCGUCGAGAAACCUCGGCUGGGCAGCAGGCCGCUGGUGCUUCUCCAAGGUGCCGCGUUUGAGUCCACCGAAGUCCACAGAGGGCUCAGAAACAUCAUGGCCGAUGUUUUCCGGGGCGGCGCCAGCCACGCGGGAGCUGUUGCAGGAGAAGGCUCCGCGAAACUCUACCUCAAGGGAAUCGAUCGUGUAGUGGCCAUCACCGCACUAGAAACAGACGGCGCAGCAUCGCAUCUUAGUCGCAAGCUACACCUCGAGGCAGGCGGGACAACCGCGACAAUUGAAGGCGCUGCGAACGCGGCCGUCGCCGCCACGCUUCCCGUUCCCGAUGCCGGAAACGACCAGGGGGGUUCCGGGCCCAGCGCAGACAAAGCAACAGCUGCAGCAGGCAAACCCCUCAUCUGUCUGCGUCAGUACCGACUCGUCAUGCACCGCGGGGAAGUCGGCAGCAAAGUUCCGAGGGUAGAGCUGGUCGAAGUUGGGCCUCAAAUCGAUAUGGUUUUGGAUCGGCAUCGCGUAGCAGAUCCCAGCCGGUGGAAGCGCGCAACGAAGACUCGCGAAACAAAAGCAGCAGAUUCCUCGUCUUCGCCCGCGCCGAAGGCAGAAAAGAGCAAGAAGCGUAAGAACGUCACAACGACGACGACUGGCGACGUCGUUGGCCGCGUCUUCGUCGACAAGCCUGACUGGAAAUCUAUCGACGCACAGAAGAACGUGCUGCUCAUCAAGCACAAUCGGAAACGGCAGAAACUGGCGCGGGCAAAUGCGGCAAACAGCGGCGGGAAAGCUGAUGCCUGAUCAUUGAUCUGACAUCGCUCCCUCUGCGUCACUUCAGUCUCCGUCUUUUCCUUCUCUCUCCUGUAUGCUCUUCGAUUCAGCCUUCUCUUGUUUUCGUUGACUUUGCUCGACUCUCUCCUCUGACUCCCUUCCUCGUCCGGACUUCUGAAUUUCUUGGCACUUGCCACCCAAUGC